AUGAAAGCCAACUUCCUGGCACUCGGUCUCUUUGGCCUGGCUGGCGCCUCGGCCGUACUUCCCCGUGACUACCCUACAAAGCCUGACAACGGCUACCCUUCCAAGCCCACCAAGCCCGUCUACCACGACUCUUACCCAACUAAGGUCCCCGCGAAGAGGCCUACGAAGCCUGCGUACCCUACAGACGAGCAGGAUUUCGAGGACGGUUACUCCUACAAGAAUUCGAAGGGCUCCACCAGCUCCUGGAAGCCUAAGUCUAAGAGUCCCGAGUUCUUCAACAUUCGCGUCGAUGAGAAGUGCGACGUGGUCGACGGUGUUGCUGAAGCUCCUGCCGACUGCCCCUUCAAUGGCUACGCUAUCAGGUUGGAGGGCGGCAUCUUCAUUGCUACUCCCUACAACAACUACUUCGACCCCAAGCUGCCCACCUUCUUUGUCGAUGAUGACACACAGCUGUACACUGUCAGCAAGGAUCCUCUCCAGGUCUACAUUGACGGCAUCACCGGUGCCCUGAAGUACACUAAGAUUGGUUGGCUCCCACCCAACGCCAUUGCCAUCAGCUUCUACCACACCGGUAACAAUCCUCUUGGCCUUGUCGACCCCAGCCCGUCCUACCUCAGCUGGCCCAGCACUCAGGGCUCCAGCUUCUUCGGCAGCCCAUGGGUUCUCUGCCCUCUCGGAAGCACCCAGCAGUACCAGGUAUUCAUCAACAGCGAGAACUUCGGCAUUGGUGGUCCCGCAGGUGUUGCCAAGGACCCCGGCUCUUGCGUAUCCCGCAACCUCGCCGCUGUCAAUGCCAACCCUUGGAAGCAGACGAGCCCUGCUCCCUACUACCCCCCUGCGCCUGCUGGCUACGCCGGAGACUACUAG